AGCUCCAGUGAGUCAUAGCGCACAGCCUAGCUAUCAGUUCGGUCACAGAGAAUCUCGCAACCAGGGCAGUCACUGUGCACGCGUCUGGAGCAAGCGGACGUGCAGCGUUCGAAAAGACGAACCAGAGAAUGAGGGUAGAGCGCAAAAGCACGUCUCCAGAACCGACUUUCCUAGAAAUGUGCUUCUCGUAGGUUGCCCCGCCAAUAAAGGGGCGAUAUCUGCUCCAGGAACUCAUAGGAAAAUGAAACGGCUGUCUCGAAAACUGACUUUGGCUCUGGUGGUGCUUUGUUGGACUGCUGCACUACUGUAUUUGAUACUCCUAAGUUGGCAGCAAGUAUCCGACCUGGGCACCAAAGACGCACAGUACAGACAGAUCUCGGAGGCAGAAUGGGACGACCUCCUGGAAGAGUUUGAAGAGAAGAACUACCUUAACGCCAGGCGAUGGAAACCAGGACAGGACCCGUACAAACUGUAUGCCUUCAACCAGAGAGAGAGUGAGAGAAUACCCAGCAACAGAGUUCUCAGAGACACACGACAUUACAGAUGCACCACAUUGCAUUAUAACCCAGAUCUGCCCUCCACCUCCAUCGUCAUCACUUUCCACAACGAGGCCCGCUCCACUCUGCUACGGACCAUCAGGAGUGUUCUGAACAGGACGCCAGUCCACCUGAUUCACGAGAUCAUCCUGGUAGAUGACUACAGUGGGGAUGCAAAUGACUGCCUUCUACUCACCAAGUUGCCCAAAGUAAAGUGUCUUCGGAAUGACAGGAGAGAAGGUCUGAUCCGCUCCAGGGUACGUGGGGCGGAUGCAGCAAAGGCCGGGGUCCUGACCUUCCUGGACAGUCACUGUGAGGUCAACAAGGACUGGCUGCCCCCACUGCUUCGGAGAAUCAAGGAGGACCCGACCUGUGUGGUGAGCCCAGUGAUCGAUAUCAUCAACAUGGAUACCUUUGCCUACGUAGCAGCCUCCUCUGACCUCCGUGGAGGCUUCGACUGGAGUCUACAUUUCAAGUGGGAGCAGUUGUCUGCUGAGCAGAAAGCCAGGAGAGCUGACCCCACCGAACCCAUUAAGACUCCCAUCAUUGCCGGAGGGCUGUUUGUGAUUGACAAGUCGUGGUUCAACCACCUGGGGAAGUAUGACACAGCCAUGGACAUCUGGGGCGGGGAGAACUUUGAGAUCUCGUUCCGGGUGUGGAUGUGUGGAGGGAGCCUAGAGAUUAUCCCCUGCAGCAGGGUCGGCCACGUCUUCCGCAAGAAACACCCCUACAUCUUCCCUGAGGGCAACGCCAACACCUACAUCAAGAACACCAGACGGACGGCGGAGGUGUGGAUGGACGAGUUCAGGCUCUUCUACUACUCUGCUCGCCCUGCAGCACGGGGCAAGUCCUACGGAGACAUUCAUAGCAGGGAAGAGCUCCGCAAGAGUCUCAAGUGCAAAUCCUUCAAGUGGUAUCUGGACAACGUCUACCCAGAGCUCAAAGUGCCAGAUGAUUCGGACUCAAAGUCAGGGGUGAUUCGUCAAAGACAGAAUUGUCUGGAGUCCCGUAGGUUGGAGGGACAGGACCUCUCCUCUCUCACACUGGCACCCUGCAUCGGAACAAAAACUGUGCCAGCACUCAACCAGGAGUGGAUUUACACCCACGGGCAGCAGAUCCGCCAGCAGCAGCACUGCCUCUCUCUCUCCACCACCUUCCCUGCCUCCCAGGUCCUGCUCAUGCCCUGCAACAUCAGCGACGGGAAACAACGAUGGCAGAAGUCAGGCACCCACCUGGAGCACCUGGUCUCCCACUUCUGCCUGGACAGUGAAAUGGCCCUGGAAGGCAUCGAGAGCAGCAAGAUGCUGGUGAUCAGCCCCUGUGAACUGACAGCCUACACCCAGAGAUGGGAGAUGCCCUUCUCAUGAUCCACCCACAACACAAGCCUUCCUGUAGAGGAGGACUGCCCUACGGGCACUCACGACCUACUGCAGUGCUUACUAUAGCCAAGAGCUUUUAGAAAGAGAUAGAGAUGGACACCAGCGUGAAGGGUAUUUUCGGUCAUUGAGAUUAGUCUUUAUAAGAUGGCAUGGACUUGGACUGACAUCAGCACAUUCAAUUGUUCAACACGACACUCAGCAGCAGUGGUGGAAAAAGUACUCAAUUGUCAUACUUGAGUAAAAGUAAAGAUACAUUAAUAGAAAAUGACUCAAAUAAAAGUAAAAGUCACCCAGUAAAAUACUACUUGAGUAAAAGUCUAAAAGUAUUAGGUUUUAAAUGUGCGUAAGUAUCAAAAGUAAAUGUAAUUGCUAAAAUAUGCUUAAGUAUCAAAAGUAAAAGUAUAAAUCAUUGCACAUUCCUUAUAUUAAGCAAACCAGAGGGCACUGUUUAAAAUAUAUAUAUAUUUAAGGAUAGCCAGGGUCACACUCGAACACUUAGACAUCAUUUACAAAUGAAGCAUUUGUGUUUAGUGAGUCCGUCAGAUCAGAGGCAGGAGGGAUGUUCUCUUGACAAUUUUCCUGUCCUGCUAAGCAUUCGAAAUGUAACAAGUACUUUUGGCUGUGAGGGAAAUAAAAGGACAUUAUUUUCUUUAGGAAUGUAGUGAAGUCAAAGUAAAAGUUGUCAAAAAUAUAAAUAAUAAAAUAAAGUACAGAUACCCCAAAAAGUAGUACUUUAAAGUAUUUUUACUUAAGUACUUUACACCACUGCUCAGCAGGGCUGAAGUCAUGUAUUCUGGGCUAAUAUACUGUAGAUGGAAAUACAGGGGACACACUUUUUCAUUGCUGUUGUCAUUGAAACACAUGUGGUCUGUCACUCACAACUAUUUUUCUAACUUCUGCUUCAAAUGUAGAAAUCCUGUCUUCGUAAUGGCAUUUCAAUGGUGAUCUAAUAUGGGAUGGUUUGCCGUUAUAGUGGAAUUUGUGACAGCAAAUUGAAUGCACAUGUCAAAUGACAAUAUUUUUAUAUCCUAAUUUAGGAUUUGUGAAAAACAUUUAAUGAUUUGCAUUUCUUUUUCAUUGAAAUGGAGAUGAUCUUUACACAAAAUGUCUAUGAUCCUGAAAACACACACACACAGACACACAUACUGUAAUAGCCACUGUUGCGAUGUCAAAACUGGAAAUAAAAGAAAUACAGAACA